UCAACUGUAGCGAUGUCUUAAUUAUGAGCUCUCUCUUGACGCGCGAUGGAGAUGGAAGUGCUGGUCAAACUUCAGACUUCACAACUGCCCCAUUCCAUCGUGGCAGGAUCCAUAACAAGUAUAAGUUCUACUGCACAUGGCCAAGCUCUCAUCCUACUACCCAGUCUCGUUUAUUCAGGUUACCCGGCAAACAUUGAAACCCCUACUGUUGAACAGUGCUAUUUUUACACGGGCGCCAACAGUCGUUUCACCACCUGCAGCGGAAGGUCCGAGUUCAAAUGCACCGGGGGAUGCGCUUACUUCGUCAAGGCUCAAGGAUGCCAACCAAAAGACUCCGAUGGAUCUAAUUCAAGUGCGCCUACAACUCAAACUUGUGAUGUUGAAUUUAGCAUGAUCACGCCUUACGUAAAAUCAUGCGUGACGAGUGCUGGAGUGACGUUUUCGUGUAGUGGAGACACGUCAGGAAUUGCGACCUGCUCUCAGUGUCUCAAAGCCCGCGAGCCUAAUGCCGCUUCACCUUUGACCCUAAGAGGCACCAGACCUCGACCCAUUUGAUUCCGAAGCACAGUUCGACUCUUCCUUAAUUCUAUACUUGACAAUCUUUUCCAUCGGGACUUUUUCGGUUUCAGGCUGGAUGCUUUCUGCUCAAUCAACUGGGUUUUCUAUAACUGGCUUCAACCGCAAUGUGCGUAGUUUGGAGAGUGUCGCAUGCGACAAUCGAGCUCAGAGGAUGCUUCGUUCGAGUUCUCAUCCACCAGAUAACCACUUUCUCACUUCCUCUAUUCGCCUCUUGUGAUUUCGGCAUUUGUGCGCACAUGCUCACUGACACUUCAUCCGCAUCAACGCACGUUCCAUUCAUAAUUUUGUCCAAUAUGUUUUCUGUUCCAAAACCGUGUAAACAGACAUUUUUCUUUUUGUUGAGUAAUUUCCGACCACAGAUACGCAUCCACAUUUUCUAUUCACUGAGGCGUGAGACAUUAUCAGAAGUAAUGGAGGAAGUUGCAUUCUAUUCCAGCCGAAAAAGUAACACCAAAGGGCAG